UAAGCAAGCGGCGGCAGUCGACGGCGACAGCAGCGCACGCUGGUCUCUGCUCAAAUACAGUCGAAAAAGCGAGCUCAAAACAAUUUCAUUUCAGUUUUUUAACUUCUGUUUUACGUUUGCCGCUGUUUCUGUUACUUCAUUUCAUUAUUAUUAUUUUUUUUUUGUAACUUGUUUUUGGUUCUCUGUGCAUACAAUUGCAGUUGUACACUAUACUCCUGUGAGCAAACGAACUGAACAAGAAACUGCAGUUAGAACGCGCGUUUAUUUGGUUUUUUUUUUUUCAUUUUGAUUUUGGAUUUCAGUUGCGCGUAUUCGGCUGCAGCAACUGCAACGCAACGACGCGACGCGCGCGUUUUACGCACAGCUGCAACAGCAACAACAACAACGUGUAUAGAAAAUAAAAUAAUAUUCAAGAAUAAAACAGAGUGCAGCAGCCCUUCAACGGAAACAACAACAAAAAACCUUACAGAAGAACCUGUUCUGCUGCUGCUUUGUCGUAUGUGUAUGUGUGGCGAGCGCCGCUGUUUAUGCAAAUUCACUACAACAAGAACGACAACACUCGCACAGCUGGCAGCUGACUGCAGCACAGCAACAACAACAACCACACACAAUGAAAGUUCAGUCGAACAGCAACAGCAAACAGUGAAAGAGACCAACGCAAGGGACUUCGAAUUUUUUCGCUUUGAUACACUGAUAUGCAUCGUUUGUGCUGUCUGAUUAAGGGAAACAACAUCAACAACAACAAUAAACGAAAGACGAAGAAACAAUUCGAGCCCUGAAGCUCUGUUCCUCUACAACUACCCAACUCUACAACUCUACAACUCUACAACUCUACACUCUACACUGCAAUAGACUCAGCAAUUUGAUACUGUGCCAAAAUGUAUAAGCUGUUGGGUAGCUUGAAGAGCUACCUCAAAUGGCAGGACAUCCAGACGGAUAAUGCAGUCUUUCGUCUCCACAACUCCUUCACAACGGUACUUUUGCUCACCUGCAGCCUGAUCAUCACGGCCACCCAAUAUGUCGGCCAACCAAUCAGCUGCAUCGUCAAUGGCAUACCGCCACAUGUGGUCAACACCUUUUGCUGGAUCCAUAGUACGUUCACCAUGCCGGAUGCGUUCAAUCGACAGGUCGGGCGUGAGGUGGCACAUCCUGGCGUUGCCAACGACUUCAAUGACAAGGAUGCCCGGAAAUACUAUACCUACUACCAAUGGGUGUGCUUUGUGCUCUUCUUUCAGGCCAUGGCCUGCUAUACGCCGAAGUUUUUGUGGAACAAAUUCGAGGGCGGACUGAUGCGAAUGAUUGUCAUGGGUCUGAACAUCACGAUCUGCACGAGCGAGGAGAAGGAGGCCAAGCGCGAUGCCCUGCUCGACUAUCUCAUCAAGCACGUGAAGCGCCAUAAACUGUACGCCAUGCGCUAUUGGGCCUGCGAGGUGCUCUGCUUUGUCAAUAUUGUGCUCCAGAUGUAUUUGAUGAAUCGCUUCUUUGACGGCGAGUUCAUAUCGUAUGGCACGAACAUCAUGGGACUGUCGGAUGUACCGCAGGAGCAGCGCAUGGAUCCCAUGGUGUACGUCUUUCCGCGCGUCACCAAAUGCAUUUUCCACAAAUAUGGUGCCGGCGGCUCACUGCAGACGCACGAUUCCCUCUGCAUAUUGCCGCUGAAUAUUGUCAACGAGAAGACCUAUGUGUUCAUUUGGUUCUGGUAUUGGAUACUGCUCAUACUGCUCGUCGGCCUGAUGAUAUUCCGUGCCUGCAUCAUCUUCAUGCCCAAGUUCCGGCCGCGCCUGUUGAAUGCGCGCAAUCGUAUGAUUCCCAUGGAGACCUGUCGCACGCUCUCGCACCGCUUGGACAUUGGCGAUUGGUGGCUUAUAUAUAUGCUUGGUCGCAAUCUGGAUCCGGUCAUAUAUAAAGAGGUGAUGGGCGAGUUUGCCAAGCAGGUGGAGCCAGCGAAAAACGAACGCAACAAGUAAACCAGCUAGCGAGAUAGAGCGAGACAGAGACAGAGACAGAGAGAGAAAGAGAGAAACUCUCUGGAUGAUUAAAUUCAUAAUUAUUAUUAUUUAGCACAAAUCAAGACAACUAGUUGAAGAAAAAAAGCAAGAAAAAGACAAUCUAUUCAAAUCCAUUUCCACCCACUCAACAAGAAAAAGAAGAAGAAGAAAGAAACUCUUAAUCAAUGAUCACAACUCAAAUUUAAAAAACUGUUCAAAUAUUUGAGCAUGAAAAAUAUUUC